AUGUUGGACGAUAUUGGGUUUGAUGAUGAAUGCCAGAAACACCUGUUUCAUGCUGUGGGAAAAUUGAAAUAUUUAAAGGAACUUGUUUUCCGGUUGUCUAAGAUUACCCAAACUGACGCUGUAACUUUAGCUGAGGUGUUACCAUCACUGCAGUUGUUGGAAAAGCUAGUGUUUGGAAAUAUUGAGUUUGAUGAUGAAUGCCAGAAACACCUGUUUCAUGCUGUAGGAAAAUUGAAAUAUUUAAAGGAACUUGACUUAAAGCGCUCUAAGAUCACCCUAGCAGGUCUAGAUGCUUUAACUGACGUAUUGCCAACCUUGCCUAACUUAAGAUGGAUUUGGUUUUCAAAGAUAAAAAGUGACGAAACUGAAACAUCAAGUGAUCAAGAAAGUGAGGGAAAUGAAACAUCAAGUGAUGAAGAAAGUGAGGAAAAUGAAACAUCAAGUGAUGAAGAAAGUGAGGAAAAUGAAACACCCAAAAGUAAACUUAAAGCAUUGGCACACCUUGUUCCGGGAUUAAAAGUAUUGUGGUACUAG